AUGGCAAGUGCUGACAAAAAGCCGCAAACAGCUGAAGAGUCGAAAAUUUCAAUAUUUCACCCAUGUAAAUACACUACCGGUUCUGACCAUACAGCUUGGAAUCGUGGUUAUGCCCGUGCAGCCGGGCUUCGAAUGGGCAUUCGGAAAGAUGGUGUUACUGAGCAGGCUCUCGACAGCAUCAUGGCCCACUCCUUGGAAGUUGUUCGCAAUGUGUUAAUGACUGCCACACAUCUCACCGCCCAUGGUAGAAGGACAAAAGUCGAGUCUCGCGAUAUCGAAAUGAGCGUCAAUAUAUUGAAUUAUCCAUUCUCUUCAUCACGUGCUCCAUCCAAUUCGCAGUUUCGUCUUUCUGAUAUGCUAGAUAAGUCGUUGUAUCCCAAUGGGCGAUUUGUUGUUGAUCUCCGUUCGAUCAUGAAUGUACCACCUCGUAGGAUGCCCUACAAAAGAAGAAUACGUAAGCACUGGCUGGUGAUCGAAGGCGAACAGCCAAGAGUCCCUGAAAAUCCAGUCUUAGCGUUACCAGAUCCAAACUCAGUGCAAGAUGGAAGUUCAACGCAUCCUUCUGGUUCGAAUGAGGAAGAUGCCAAUCGUGCAGCAAGGCCUGGUGUCAAGCAGGAACCAUCCACGUCACGUCCCAUCACAAAUCAUAUUUUGGCAGUGGUAUGA